AUGAAACCAAAUCACCCACAAAAAACUAUAAUAUUCUGCCCUAACUCUACCUCCACCUCCACCUCUAUCCGCGGCGACACUUCUUCGGCUACAACUGGACCUGCCUUUAACAACUUUACCUCUGAUAUUGAACAUCUCGAAGGAGUUUUGGGGAACGAUGAUGGGUUGUCUCAAAUUGCUUCCGAUUCCGUUCAUUAUAAUCCUUCUGAUCUCUCGUCGUGGCUUCAAUCCAUGAUUUGUGAGCUUAAUCGCACAACUGGACCACCAAUGGCUGACGAUUCAUUUAUGAACGCCAGCUCAGCUAGCGUCCGCGCCGUUGCUCCCUCGUCGGGUUUAACCUCUGUGUUUGUAGACGAUAUGCAAGCGAUACCCGGGAACGCGAUUUACCCUCUGAAGAAAAAAGCAAAACAUUCUCCUUCUUCUUCAUCGGGUGCCAUAUCCGCUUCAUCUUCGUAUAACUUGAAACCUAAACCCAACUCGAAUUCGGUGGUUCCGAUCUACAUUUUUUAG